UCAGGAAAAGACAAGACACUGACUCUCCCUUUCUCUCACACACACAUUGCCUCUCCUGCUUCAAUUUCUACCUUUUUAUAUUUAUUAAUCCUCUCGCUAUCUCUCCGAUCCCAACUUCCCAUCUUCCUCCCCCCUCCUCGAAAUCUCACCACUUUUUCUGGGGAAAAUCUUUAUUUUCUCGAAUCUAACGUAAUCUCGAGAAAUUCCCCACCUUUUUCUGCAUUGGAGCUGAGAAAAUCAUCAAAAUCCAGAUAGAAAAGUUAACUCCUUUCGGUUCCAUGGGGACCUCCUCCAGGUUUCAUUAUAUCCAUCAUUGACGCCAUGUCCCCGUUCAUCUCUCGCCUUUAACUCCUAAAACAUUAAUUACUACACGCAUGGUUUCCGGUGUCAGCGGCGCCGGCCGUGGCGGUGGCCGUGAGGCAGCUUCGUCAAGUCACAGCCCCGACCAUACUCUCCACACCACUCAUCACCGGAGAGACCAAGCUCAGUCCUCCGGGACCAAGUCUCUCAAGCCUCAAAGCCACACGGAGUCAAUGAGCAAAGCCAUACAGCAAUACACAGUCGACGCGAGGCUCCACGCCGUCUUCGAACAAUCAGGCAAGUCCUUCGACUACUCACACUCCCUCAAAACGACGACGUACGGCUCCUCCGUCGUCCCCGAGCAGCAGAUCACCGCCUAUCUAUCGAGGAUCCAGCGCGGCGGGUACAUACAGCCUUUCGGGUGCAUGAUCGCCGUCGCCGAGUCCACCUUCACCAUCAUCGCCUUCAGCGAAAACGCGCGGGAGAUGCUCGGCCUCACUCCUCAGUCCGUCCCCAGCCUCGAGAGGCCGGAGAUUCUCGCCAUGGGAGCUGACCUGCGCUCUCUCUUCACCGCCUCUAGCUCAGUUAUCCUCGAACGCGCCUUCGUGGCGCGUGAGAUCACGCUCCUGAACCCUGUCUGGAUCCACUCCAAGAACACUGGUAAGCCCUUCUACGCUAUCCUCCACAGGAUCGACGUUGGAGUUGUUAUCGACUUAGAGCCGGCUCGAACGGAGGAUCCAGCUCUUUCUAUCGCCGGAGCUGUGCAAUCGCAGAAGCUCGCCGUUCGCGCUAUCUCUCAGUUACAGUCUCUCCCCGGUGGAGACAUCAAGCUUCUCUGCGACACUGUUGUGGAAAACGUCAGGGACCUAACCGGUUACGACCGUGUGAUGGUCUACAAGUUUCACGAAGACGAGCACGGAGAAGUCGUCGCCGAGAGCAGGCGAGAGGAUCUAGAGCCUUACAUUGGCUUACAUUAUCCCGCAACUGACAUCCCGCAAGCGUCGCGGUUCUUGUUUAAGCAAAACCGUGUCCGAAUGAUCGUUGACUGUCACGCUACGCCGGUUCUUGUGGUCCAAGACGAUAGGCUGACUCAGUCUAUGUGCUUGGUUGGUUCAACUCUUAGAGCUCCUCACGGUUGUCACUCUCAGUACAUGGCCAACAUGGGUUCCAUCGCGUCUUUAGCGAUGGCGGUUAUAAUAAACGGUAACGACGAAGACGGGAGCGGGAGAAGCUCUAUGAGGCUUUGGGGAUUAGUCGUUUGCCACCACACCUCUUCUCGCUGCAUACCGUUCCCUCUACGGUACGCCUGCGAGUUUCUAAUGCAGGCGUUUGGUCUGCAGCUCAACAUGGAGCUGCAGUUAGCUUUGCAGAUAUCGGAGAAGCGUGUUUUGAGAACGCAGACGCUGUUGUGCGACAUGCUUCUGCGUGACUCUCCUGCUGGGAUCGUCACGCAGAGUCCUAGUAUAAUGGACUUGGUGAAAUGCGACGGCGCCGCGUUUCUUUACCACGGGAAGUAUUAUCCCUUAGGCGUUGCUCCGAGCGAGGCUCAGAUAAAAGACGUUGUCGAGUGGCUGCUUGCGAGUCAUGCUGAAUCGACCGGCUUGAGCACUGAUAGUUUAGGCGAUGCGGGGUAUCCAGGUGCAGCUGCGCUAGGCAAUGCUGUGUGCGGCAUGGCGGUGGCGUGCAUCACGAAAAGAGAUUUUCUUUUCUGGUUCCGCUCUCACACGGCUAAAGAGGUCAAAUGGGGAGGCGCUAAGCAUCAUCCAGAGGAUAAAGAUGAUGGGCAAAGGAUGCAUCCUCGUUCUUCCUUCAUUGCCUUUCUCGAAGUUGUUAAGAGCAGGAGUCAGCCGUGGGAGACUGUGGAGAUGGACGCGAUUCACUCGCUUCAGCUGAUUCUGAGAGACUCUUUUAAAGAGGCGGAGGCGGCUAUGAACUCCAGAGGUGGGGAUGGUGCGGUUCAGGCUUGUGGAGGAGAGCAGGGGAUUGAUGAGUUGGGUACAGUUGCGAGAGAGAUGGUUAGGCUUAUUGAGACAGCGACUGUGCCGAUAUUCGCUGUAGACUCUGGUGGAUGUGUAAAUGGAUGGAACGCUAAGAUUGCGGAGUUGACUGGUCUUUCGGUUGAAGAGGCUAUGGGGAAGUCUUUGGUUUCUGAUCUAAUAUACAAAGAGAAUGAAGAAACGGUUGAUAUGCUCAUUUCUCGUGCAUUGAGAGGGGACGAAGACAAAAACGUGGAGGUGAAGCUGAAGACUUUCAGCCCCGAGCUACAAGGGAAAGCGGUUUUCGUGGUCGUGAAUGCGUGUUCGAGCAAGGACUACUUGAACAACAUUGUCGGAGUCUGUUUCGUCGGACAGGACGUUACCGGUCAGAAAAUCGUUAUGGACAAGUUCAUCAACAUACAAGGAGACUACAAAGCCAUCGUCCAUAGCCCCAGCCCUUUGAUUCCACCAAUCUUUGCAGCGGACGAGAACACAUGCUGCCUGGAGUGGAACACCGCGAUGGAAUUCCUCACCGGUUGGCCUCGCGGCGAAGUGAUCGGGAAAACGCUCGUUGGUGAAGUGUUUGGGAGCUGUUGCAGGCUCAAAGGUCCUGAUGCUUUAACCAAGUUCAUGAUUGUAUUGCAUAACGCCAUCGGUGGACAAGAGACUGAGAAGUUCCCUUUGCCCUUCUUCGACCGGAACGGGAAGUUUGUUCAAGCUCUUUUGACUGCUAACAAGCGUGUAAGCCUCGAGGGGAAGGUCAUUGGCGCGUUCUGUUUCUUGCAUAUCCCUAGUCUUGAGCUGCAGCAAGCUUUAGCUGUCCAACGAAGGCAGGACAGUGAGACAAAAUCAAAAGAGCUGGCUUACAUUUGUCAGGUGAUAAAGAGUCCUUUGAGCGGUUUGCGUUUCACGAACUCCUUGCUGGAAGGUACGGAGUUGAACGAGAAUCAGAAACAGUUUCUUGAAACGAGUGUUUCUUGCGAGAAGCAGAUCUCGAGGAUUGUCAGUGACAUGGAUCUUGAAAAACUUGACGACGGUACGUUUGAGCUAGUUAGAGAGGAGUUUUACCUCGGAAGUGUCAUCAACGCAGUUGUAAGCCAAGCCAUGUUCUUGUUAAGGGAGAGAGGUCUUCAGCUGAUCCGUGACAUUCCUGAAGAGAUCAAAUCUAUAGCUGUUUAUGGAGACCAGACAAGGACUCAACAGCUCUUAGCUGAGUUUCUGCUGAGUAUAAUCCGUUAUGCACCGUCACAAGAGUGGGUGGAGAUCCAUCUAAGCCAAGUUUCAAAGCCAAUGGCUGCUGGAUCAUCUGCUAUUCGCACAGAGUUUAGAAUGGCGUGUCCAGGUGAAGGUCUACCUCCAGAGCUGGUCCGAGACAUGUUCCACGGCAGCAGGUGGACGAGCCCUGAAGGGUUAGGUCUAAGCGUAUGUAGGAAGAUUCUGAAGCUCAUGAACGGUGAGGUUCAAUACAUUCGAGAGUCAGAACGCUCCUAUUUCCUCAUCAUUCUUGAACUCCCCGUUCCUCCUUUGUCAACAGCUGGCGGCGACAUGAUGUUGAUGAUGACAUAGUAUGUCACACGUACAUAAGUUGGCAGUAGAGUUUGUGAUGUAUGUGUAAGUGUGCGAGUCUAACGACACUGGAGGAGGAUAGAGAGUGUUUUGUUUCCGGUGAGAUUAGUAGAGAAGAGGAGAUUGUUUGGGUUUGACUUGCCGGAAAAGUAAACGUAACAUGUAGUUAUAGAGUCUGCAAGACUUUGUUUUCUCUUUUGUUUGCACCGUGUAUAUUUGAUAACUCCAAGAGAGGAAAACGAAUGAAAAAAAGAAGAGGAAUUAAAUGACCAAUCCUUUUUAAUUGUAA